AUGGCUGUUUGUGAAUGCUGUGGUACAAUUGGAAGAAAAAGACAAAAGCUCUUGAUGAAAGUACAUCAUGUUAAAGUAGGCCGAAGCGAGAUUACAAAACCAGAGACAGAACCAAGUCCAAAGCAAGAAAAUGAAGAGCAAGAAUAUAGAGCUACUGAAUCCCAAGAGCUGCAUAUGACCUGGAAGAAAAAUGUUCUGAGCUUUAUUUGGAAUUAG